GGUUAAAGAUCAGAUUAGCUAAAGAUAAGGAGUCAUGCUACUUCCACUCCUAAUCCUUGUAGAGCGCCGUGCCGUAUUUUGAAUGGUUGUAGUAGGUUAGGCUAAUCCAAAAAGGGUGGGUUAGAAGCGUAGAGGGCGGCUCUUCAGUGGUAUGCUUUUCGUCGUGUUGUGUUUGCUGUUACUCACAUCGCCAUCUUGUUGCAUGACUAUCAAUGUGUGUCUAAGGAUUUACGAAAGUAAUCCGGAUACUGCAUUUUGGAAUUUUCUUCAGAUCAAUUGCGACGUCGGCGGCGAACAAACAAUUGAGCGAUCCUGUACCUACUUACUCGCUCGCAUUUUGUAAAAGCGACCGUGAGGUAUCAGGGCGCGAGAUGAGCAUCGAUACACUGUUGGAAGCCGCCAGGUAUUUGGAAUGGCAAGCCCAGCAACAACAGAUUACACGUGAGGAGGAGGAGAAACGGGAGAAUGCCAUCGCCGCCCGGGAGGCCGAACAGAAGCAGCGCUGCACUGCCGAGAUGGGCCCGUCGUUGAUGCCCGCGUCCGUGCAGGUGAACCAUGUGAGCUGGGCCGUGGAACCGCAGCGACUCCAUCAGCACCAGCACCAGCACCAGCAGCACCAGCACCAGCACCAGCACCUCUCGCCCGUGCUGGGCCCUCCUCUCACCGCCCCCAUGCCUAUCACAGUCAUCCCCAUCCCCAUGGUGCCAGCCAACUCCAUGCCCCAGACUCUACCCACUGCCACGGCGACUGCUGCACCCCCACACCUUCACACGGUGGGCACCAUGCCGGUGGUGGCGGCACCUCUGGCUACGGCUCUGUCCCCGCAGCAGCCCGCCCCACUCCUCAGCAGCCCCUCGUUGUUGUCGCCGGCCACGCCAGGAGGGAAGGACAGACGGUCGCCCCCUCGCCAGCGGCACCUGGUCGCUGCCGUGAAGGUAGAGACCAGCAUCUUGCCCCAGUCAGGAAACAGUCCUAAGCAGCAGCAGCAGCAACAGCAGCCACAGCCACCACACCCUCAGCCUGCCCUCACACAGCCUCCUCCCCCACACACUCAGCCUGCUCAGCUGCUGCAGCAGUACACAGGCCCCAUCCUCACAGCCCCCCAGCACACUCUGAUCCCACAGCCUACCCUCACACAGCCCCACACCCAGCCGGGGCAGGUGACGGCGCCACGGCCCAACGGCGCCACCCUGGAUGACAUGAGGGGCCUGGACGGGAAGAGGAGACCUGGCGGAGCUGGGACCAGGGAGGUACAUAAUAAAUUGGAAAAAAACAGACGAGCACAUCUCAAAGAGUGCUUUGAGACCUUGAAAAGGAACGUUCCAAACGUGGACGAAAAAAAGACAUCCAACCUCAGUGUCCUGCGGAGCGCCUUGCGUUACAUUCAGACGCUGAAGCGCAAGGAGAAGGAGUACGAGCACGAGAUGGAGCGCCUGGCGCGGGAGAAGAUCGCCAUGCAGCAGCGGCUGGCUGAGCUGAAGAACGAGCUGAGCCAGAGCAUGGACGUGCUGGAGAUCGACCGCCUGCUCCGCCAGACCGUGCAGCCCGAGGACGACCAGGCCUCUACCUCCACCGCCUCAGAAGGAGAGGACAACUUUGACCAGGACGUCGACAGCGAUAUGUCAUCGGCACCCCCCAGUUCCGUCUCCAAACCCCCCCACGUGCCCAUCUCCGCUGAUCCCUGGCCGGCCAUGCCCACACUCUCCCUCCUCCCUGCACAGCUGCAGUCGCAGCCGCAGCCACCUCUUCCGCCGCCGCAGCACAUCGCCAUCCAGCCCCACAAGCUUGCGGCUGCCGCCGUGACGGUCUCACCCUUCACCACUGCCGUCUCCCAGCCCCAGGCCAUGGUGUCCCCCCAGGCCAUCGCCCCGGCGCCCCCUCCCUCCUUACCCGUCUCCACCCACGUGGUGGUGUCCCAGGCCCCGCAACAGACCACCGUCAUCGCCCACGCCUCUAUGUCCCACGCGUCGGUCAUCCAGGCCGUCAACCACGUCCUCCCGCCGGGCUCCAAGCACCUGGCCCACAUCGCCCCGUCCGGAGGAGCCCACUGCCAGGCCACCACUGUGGGCCAGCCCAUCGGACACAUCACCGUGCACCCCGUGGCGCAUCUCAGCCAGCAUCUGCCCGCACUCUACCCGCAGUCGGUGGCGGUGUCGCAGCCGGCCGUGGUGGGCCACAUCGCCCACGCACUCACCGCCCACCAUCCGAGCCACGCACAGGUGAACGGGGCGGUGCCGGUGACGGUGACGGGUCCCAUGCCACAGGUGGCCACGGCGGUGGUGGGGAAGCCGACGGCCGUGGUGGCCCACCACCACCCGCAGCUCAUGGGACAGACCGUCCUCAACCCAGUGACUAUGGUUACAGUGCCUCAGUUUCCCGUCAGUACGCUGAAGCUGGCCUGAAAACGAACUAACAAAACAAACAAACAAACUAACUAACAAACAAACAAAAAAAAAGAGUGAGUGUUGUUUGAAUGAGAGAAUGAGUGGGUGAUGAAUGUGUAUGGUGUGCAGUGGUGGCUGUGGUGGCGCUGGAACACCCCCAUUUGUGAAAACUUUCUGAUGGCUACAUGAACCCCAGAUAGAGUCUGACCCGCAAACGGAGCUUACCCUGAUGUGGGCCGGGCCCAGUCCGCUCUUUAGGAUACCCCUUCACAGCUCAUGUCCUCCAGUUCUGUUCCUCGAAGAUGAUUUGAGAUAAACAACGUGUCUCCAGACUUCAGUGUUCUCCUAGUUACUUACCGAGGUAAACACUGUGAGUUCUGGCUCGUUUUAAAUCCAGACCUCGAAUGAUCGCAGUCAUAGUAAACACUUAGUCGUGGACUCGUAGAAUGGAAAAAUGUGUCCCUCUUUGGCUUUAUGUUGUGUUUGUAUUCUUUUACAUGUUGAUGCUUUUUUUUGUUGUUUUGUUUAUUAUGUCCUGUGUUUUUCUUUUUAAAAUGUACCCACAAAGAUGCCCACAAAUGCGCCACCAAGGCAGCACCCCUUCCCCCAAACACAAACACACACACACACACACACUGAGAAACCCCUCCGCCAUGAGUGCCCAGUGGUGACUCCUUGGCAUUAUUGGAAUGCCAGGCUUGAAUGUCAAGGCAGCAUCACUGCCGUCGUGGCAGAGCUCGGGAGUUAAAAGUCUGUCUGAAGCUCAAUAAACGCUGAACUGGUUUUACCUACAAGUGUCCUCAGCAAUACAUUGUUGCUGUAUUCUGACCCUAGAGAGUAGUUUUUGUUUUGGCUCUCUGGAAAUUGCCCGUUUGUAAUUCCUAAUUUUGCUCCAGUCAAAAAAGAUGCUCACGGGGCAUCUAAGGAACUCCUCAGUAAUGCAGAUGGGGGCUGAGUCCCCGGCGGACCGCCCCCUGGACCAGGGCAGAGCCAGACACUGUCCCGGGAUGCUGAUAUCUAAUAUCAUGUAUCUAGUAUCUGUGUAUAAUGAGACAUAUACACACACACACAAACAUGCACAUGAACAAAGAUCCUUGAAGUGCCUCAGUUAGGGAAGAGUAAAGUCCGCCCCCUGCUGUCUGCAAAUAGAAAUUGAAUGUGUGGCCAAUACUAAAGAUGUGCCACUUCAGUUUUAUGGAAACGGUCACCAAGCAAUCAGAUUGGUCACUGUGCUGAUUAACAAUGUUGAAUUACAAUUCAUUGGAGAGACCCACACGUCCACCACUGUUUCAUAAUAGAAUCCAGAGUGUGUGAAAGAGUGCAUCCAACUUUGUGCAGUUCAGCUCAGUCAUGUCUAAGCAAUCCAUAAUGGUCCUAAGCAGUUGACUUAGUGUUAGUCUCAUAUUUAUAUCAGUGACAGACUAGUCUGAUCCUGGUGUAGUUUUCACUGUGCAUAUGUAUGUGUGUUUUUGUUGAUACCUGGUGUAGGUUGUGUGCUUUUGGAUGAUGAAAUGAAUUAGUAUUGGAUGGUAAAAUUCAGUAGAAUAGUGGACUGCGUAAAUGGGCACACAUGGUUGCUCAUAACCUAUUAAUUCUGUCUGUGACGUUUGAGUUUACUUCCCUGUCCGUGCAUCCUGGAGACUUAGAGCUUGUUAUCAUAUAACACAUUACUUCAGUAACACCAAUCUCAUCAUAGGCCGCUAGCCCUGACUUCAGGUCAGUAGCUUGUGAUAACGCAUAUAGACGCUGGUUUCUGUGUUCUUAUUUUGCUCUUCUUAUCCUUUGUUCCCUCGAGGGUGAUUUCGGAGUGUUUAUGCUGACAGAAGAGUGCACCGUCUCCCAUCGCAACAGCGUAGUUAUGCUGCCAUAACACGCGCCGUCGGUGUGGUGGAGUAUCAGACUCUUGGUUGAACCUUAACACUGUGACACCCCAUCUAAGGCCACCCCCACCCAACCUCCAUUACUGCAAGGGUGAUCCAUUUUUAUAAGCAGCAGCCCUUUGACACAUCUGUAAGAAUGUGUGUGUGUGUGUGUGUGUGUGUGUGUGUGUGCGCGCGUGCGCGUGUGAGUGUAUAGAAAGACCAUGUUUUCCAUACUUUGUAAAAGAAAAAAAAGGUAUGUGUCUGUGAAAUUUAUUUGUGAAAGUUUUUUUUAAUUUUUAAAAAAAAUAUAUAUGUGUGUGUAUGUGUGUAUACAUGUGAGUAUAUGCACGCAUUCACAUAUAUGUGUAUGUAUAAUUAAGAUUAUACUGUUGCCUGUUUUUUUGCAUGUAGAUUGCAAUUCUUUCCAUUCAAAUAUUGAUUUGUGAUUUGUUUUAAUUUCCUUAUUUUUUUCUGGGACCAUGUACUAUGGUAUGAUGUGUGGGGACCUCUAGACCUCAUCCUACAUUGAUAUUAUAUAUAAAAACUGUGCGUUUUUCCCUAUGGAGAAAGUUUAAGUUAUAUAUUGCCUGUACAUUUUGGGCUGCAUUUAGAUCUAAUUGUCCACUAUGUUUAAAAAGAAUAACAAUCAUAAAAGUAAUGACAAGGAAACAUAUGCUACAAUUAAUAAAAAGCAAUGAAGAUUCAUAAUAAAUCUUAUGACAUUUA